UAUCGGCACGCAGCCCAAGGCCAAGUCCUCCGCAACUUCUACAACUCGCGCGGACAGUUCCAAGGCAAGGGAUGUAAUGGGACUGCACCGUGUCGGUUUAGUGUCUCGUUUACGAAUGCCAGUCGGUUGCAGUAUUGUAAGAGUAGGCCGAAUUGCACGAAUGAUGGGAAUGAGUAUACGAAGAGGGGCCCUGCGAGGAGGGGUAUUGAUGCUAAAGGAGGAAUUGAGUUUUAUAGAUUGGAGAGUGGGAUGGUGGUGUUUGCGCCGGGUGGGUUGGAGCUUGGGGAGGUGGUUUAUCGGACUGGGGUUGGGAAUUGGACGGUGUUUGAGGAUGGGGACGGGGAUCGGGACGCGUUGGAGGAUGAUGAUAGUAUUCCGGUAGAGGAGGAUAGGGUUGUUGGGGUGGUUGAUGGGUGGGAGGGAUGA